GAGGGAUUUGUGAAGUAUUUCAGAAGCUCACUGUUUCGCUGAUUUUGAGGCAUGAAAUAGAGAGAGAGAGAGAGUAGUGCUUCACAAGUUUUGGUCUCUCACACAUACAUAUAACACUACUUGUUUCUCUCUUUCUUUCAAAUUUUAGGCCAGAGAAAAUAACAUAUAAUUUUACUAUUCUUGCUUCAUUACAUCCUAUAGUCUAUAACGCCAUCUUUCUGAAGUUUCCAGAGCUGAGAAACAAAGAAAGAAAGAAACCCAGAAAGGGGGCAAGUGCUGGUUCCGAAGAGGGUUUUUUUGGUUUGUUGAGAGGUUUUUGAGACAAUGCUGAGGAAGAGGACCAGGUCAAUUCAGAAGGAUCAACACCAAAUGGGUCCUCAACCACUGUCUGAUUCUGGGUCUGAGUCCUUUUCCAAAUCUGACAUUGGGAAUAAUAUGAAAGGCAACUCUUUUUACAGUGUUCCUGGUCUGCUUGUGGGUUUGAGCCCCAAUGUUUUAACAGAUUGUGAUUCAGUCAGGAGUCCAACAUCUCCUCUAGAUUUUAGGCUGUUUUCAAGUCUAGGUAACCCAUUUAGGUCAACUAAAUCGUCCCAAGAUGGGCAACAUAGAAGCUGGGGGGGAGGUACUAGCAAUAAAGUAGGCCUAAGCAUUGUAGAUUCUCUUGCUGAUGAUACGAAAAAUUCCGGUAAAGUUCUCCGGUCAUCCGAGAGUAAGAACAUUCUUUUUGGACUAAGAUUGAGGAUCAAAAUCCCAAAUGGUCAAACAAAUACCAAUUAUUUCGAGUCACCAAAGUCUCUGCCUAAAAACUAUCCAAGUUUCCAUUUUUCAAAAACCAAGUCUCCUCUCCAGAAGGGCAGUUCUGAUGUUUUUUUUGAAAUUGGUGAUAGCCCUUUAGAGCCUGGCUCACUUGGAAAAAUCCGGUCUUGUUCACUAGAUUCCUGUAGGACAAUUUCCAAUCUUUCUGGUUUGAACAACUUUAACAGACCCUACUCUACCUCUAUGAAUUUUUGUUUGGAGAGAGACGUCACCAAGGGAGUUGGUUCUUCCCAGAUUAUUGACGGUAGUCCUAAGUCAAACCUAUUUUCUGGUACGAAGCUGAGUACAAUCCCUGGAUCCAUAGGUUCUGUCAAUGAGUUUGGCUCUCUUUCAGCCAGUGAAAUUGAGCUUUCUGAGGAUUACACAUGUGUAAUCACCCAUGGUCCCAACCCCAAGACAACUCGGAUCUAUGGUGAUUGCAUUUUGGAUACUCAUUCUAAUGACUUGAGUAACUCUUGUAAGAAUGAGUAUAACAAAGAUAUUGGACGUCCUGAGCUCACAAAAGAUUCCAAGAUUUCUGUUCCUUUCCCAUCUGAUAAUUUUCUGAGCUUUUGUUACCAUUGCAAGAAGAAAUUGGCAGCAGACAAGGACAUCUACAUAUACAGGGGUGAGAAAGCGUUUUGCAGUUUGGAUUGCCGUUCAUUGGAGAUUUUGAUUGAUGAGGAAUUGGAAAAAUCCAAUGAUAAAAGCUCUGAAAUCCCAGGAUGAUUAUGGUGGCAAGGAGCUGUUUUGAAAAAAGCCUCAUUGGUGCUUCAUAGAGAGGACUUUUCUUUUAUUAGCCUUCCACAUUCCCCAAGCCCGUGAUUGAUAAAAUUGACAGGAAAAAACAAAGAAUAGACGUCACUGAUCAUUUGUCUAUAUAAGAGCUGUUUAUGUGCAUCUUUUGGCAGCCAUGGAUGAUCGUUUUGUACAUUGUUGCGUUUGCUAAUUACGUUUCAGCUACCAUGGUCUUGGUGGGUGAUGGGUGAACUCAGCUACUUUUAUUUUUAUUUUUUAUAAUUAGACAUUUUCCUAUAUUACAACUUUGUAUAAGGGUGAAAAGGCCUAUUUUUUUGGCUUUCCCACUUUUACUAUCAAGCUUUUGAUCUAUCAUCAUGAAUAGAGCUCUACUAUGUAAGCCUGGCCAUGUAUUGAGUACUAUUACAUAUUUCAGAAAAGAAAAAGAAACGAUUAUAGUAAGUAUGCUA